CUGAAAGGUAACCAUACGUUGUAAGAAAAAAAAAAUAUAUAUAUAAACCGAUUUUACUUCAGUGAGAGCGGCAGUAUUUAUGUAUUCAUGUACAGGGAGGUUUAACCUGGAAUAAAGAAAAGAUGAUGACUCACUUCCGGUCUGCUGGUCUCGUUCUCGUUGGCGCCUUAUUAUUACAAGCGUCUGCGCAAAAUGCCCUGACCGCGGACAAUAUACAAACGUUGAAAAAUAAUGGUUACACAAUAACUGUGGAUGAAGAAAGCAACACUAUCAAAUACGAACAUCAUGGUAAGCCCAAUCAUACGUCCGAACAGGGUUGGGGAAAUCCAAACGAUGCUGAAAAGGUGAAUCACUCAUACACGAUGCCGUUGAACCCUACUGCUGCUACGGACAAAGGCUGCGCUGGUACGCUCGGAGUUAUAGGUCUAGCAGUUAACGGGGGAGCGUUCUAUAAUCCGUACACAGCAUUUGGUUGGGAUGCUGUUGAAGGAGAAUGUGCCGAAGAACUUGACAGCUGCAGGGGUCACCCAUCUCCUGAUGGAACAUACCAUUAUCACGGCGUUCCGGACUGUAUCUAUACCGGUGAUCUAAGGGACAAGUUUUUAGGGGUGGCUCUUGAUGGCUUCCCUAUCUAUGGACCUAUGGACAAUACCGGUAAAAACUGGACAUCUGCAGAAUUGGACAUCUGUCAUGGGCACACGUACAAUGGGAGAUACAUUUACAGAGCAACGUAUGACUUCCCUUAUAUAAUCAGUUGCUUUCAUGGAGGUAAUGUGAGACGACAGGGGCAAAAUAUGCCUUCUGCUCCUCCUGAUGAUAAUGGUCAACAACCGCCGCCGCGCCAAGGUGGUGGAGCUGGAGGUGGAGCUGGAGUUCCUGCUGGACUAGAAAAUGAUCCAUGCUGGAACGCUAAAUACCGAGACUGGGACAGCAGGAUAUGUCACGUGGUUUGUAAGAACGCUGGCCAGGAUCUGGAAGAUUGCCAGACGAAAGUUACGGACGCAGGCACGACGGUCUUCAACGCAACAUGGACGGUGUACAUCUUAACUCUUACAUUCAUUAUUUAUGUUUCUUUGUAAAAAAUGUGAAUAAGGACAAUUUCGCAAACGGUGUUCAAGCAACUUUGUUGAAACUUGUUAACUGUAUCCGUACGCAUGUAAAAUAAGACAAUUUAAAGUCACUAAAAUGUAUAUGCCUAAAUAAAUUCUGUAUUCCUUCAGAAAAGACGAAAAUGACGUUAAAUACAUAUAUCCUUUAUGGCAAUAACAUUUGGUGUAAGUGCAAUAUAAGUAAACUAAAGUCAUUUUAUAUUUGAAACAUGCGCACAAAUAUAAUAUCGAAUGCAUUAAACUAUCUGAAUGGUCUACAA